AUGGCCGACGCGGUGAACCACACGGCGGCCGAGAAAGAUCUUGGCCACACCACGGGCUCUGCCACUUCGUCGAACGGUGUGAAUGCGGCCCACCACCGCGGCUUCGACUACCGGAAUCCGAUGCAACACCUCCACUCCGACAACGAGCCCCGGCUGCCCGCCUUCGGUGGUGAGUUCCAGCCCGGUCUCUGGCGGCCGCAAGAGCACCGCAAGUUCGCCAACCCCGCGCCGCUCGGUCUCUCCGCUUUCGCUCUUACCACCUUCGUCCUCUCGGCCAUCAACAUGAAUGCGCGCGGUGUAACCGCGCCCAAUGUUGCUGUUCCCCUCGCAUUCGGCUAUGGUGGUCUCGUCCAGCUCCUCGCGGGCAUGUGGGAAAUGGCUGUCGGUAACACCUUCGGUGCCACCGCUCUCUCGUCCUACGGCGGUUUCUGGAUCGCCUACGGGAUCCUUCUCACCCCUCACUGGAACAUCACGGGCGCCGGCGGGCCGUACAUGACUGACGAGACCAAGGCGGUCGACCCCAAGAUGGUGGACUCGGCAAUCGGCCUCUUCCUCACGGGCUGGUUCGUUUUUACGACUAUCCUGCUGCUGUGCACGCUGCGCUCAACCGUCAUGUUCUUCCUGCUCUUCUUCACGCUCGACCUGGCCUUCCUGAUGCUCGCCUGCGGCCACUACGCUAGCGACAACGGUGCGACCGAAUCGUCCCACAGGCUUACUCAAGCCGGUGGUGGCUUUGGCAUGAUCGCGGCCUUCUUGGCUUGGUAUAAUGCCUUUGCCGGUAUUGCCGAUAGCAGCAACUCAUUCUUCCUCAUUCCUGUCUUCCACUUCCCAUGGUCGGAGAAGGGCCGCGAGCUCCGUCUCGCAAAGUCGGCUAGCCGCAACACUACGACGGCUGCUUAG